AAGAAAAAAGAAAAAAAAGAAAAAAUAAAUAAAUAAAAAGGAAAUAUAUAAAAAAAAAAAAAAUAGAAAUACAAGAAAGAGAAAGAAAUAAAGCAACGCUGUUAAAAGAAUUAAGACGCGAACCCCACCGAUUGGAUUACUAAGCGAAGAAUUUUGGAUUAUCAUCAUCGUCAUCAUCGUCAUCAUCAUCAUCAUCAUCAUCAUCUCGAAGAAGAAGAAGAAGAAGAAGAAGAAGAAGGAGAAGGAGAAGAAGAAGGAGAAGAAGAAGAAGAAGAAGGAGAAGAAGAAGAAGAAGAAAAAGACGAGAAAGAACAAGAAAACUGAAAGUGCUUAUUAUUAAAACAGUGAAACUGUGAUAAUAUAAAGUGAUGCAGUACCAAAAGGUUCGUUAUGAAAUUUUGUUGGUGUUGACAGGAGAGGAAUAUCUAUUUGUGGAUCGGUUGUGAGAUUUGAUAUUCUCGUCAACUAAAGAUUUGAAAAAAUUUGUUCCGGUCGGGAGGAAGGAGGAAACGACGAGGAAUGUUUAAUAUGUGCGUGUCGACGAUGUCACCGAUGCCUGGCAUGACGGCGUCAACUCUUCCGAUAUCGAUGCAUCAACAUUCGUCGAUGGAUUAUAACGGUGCAGGGAUGCACUAUCAAUCGUAUAAUCCUUCACAGAAUAGUCAUCAUCCUCUUCAGAGUGGGCAAUCGAGCUACUGGUUUCCCAUCGUGACGACUCAUGUUCAGAUGACGGAGAGCCUGACGCCACCGGUUUAUACAAUGCCUUCGAGUGCAGUUUCGUGGACUGCUCAAACUCAUUCGGCGUGUAAUCACUCAAUGAGCCAUUCAGCGAGUCAUCAGUUGACAACGAUUCAGCAUUACACUAUGUCACCUGCCCCAUCAGAUUUACAACCCUGUUUGGAAGAGCUUGGUUCUCCUUAUCAAUGGCCUUUGACAUCGUCAGCUGAACAUCAUACAUUAGGAAACGAUUCAUCGAUCGAUUCAACCGGUAAAACCGGAUCGGGUAGAAAAUGUACAAGAUGCCGUUGUCCAAAUUGUCAAAUUGAUGGCGGCGGUCAACUUGGAUUAGAUGGCAAACGGCAACAUGUUUGUCAUGUACCAGGUUGCGGAAAGGUAUAUGGAAAAACUUCGCAUCUUAAAGCCCAUCUCAGAUGGCAUACAGGAGAGAGGCCAUUCAUUUGUAAUUGGCUUUUUUGUGGAAAAAAAUUUACCAGGAGCGAUGAGCUUCAACGUCAUCUUCGUACGCAUACCGGUGAGAAAAGAUUUGCUUGUUCUGAAUGUGGAAAAAGAUUCAUGAGAAGUGAUCACUUGACGAAACAUGCAAAGACACAUGAAAAUCAAAAAAGAAAAAACACAUUGGGGAAAAAGCAUUCAAACAAGGAGAACUCUAUACCAAUGAGUACUAUUGAUAAUUCUUACUCCACGCUCGGACAUUAUUCGAUGCAGCUCGUUUGAAGAGUUUACACGAAUGGCGAGAUAUCUGACGAGUCAAUAACUAUUUUACGAACGUAUUCAUAUCAAGUAUUAUAGUCUUAGUAU